UCUACUCUCCCACAGUUACCGACAUGCACGCUUCAAUACUUUUCUUAUUUCGUGCUUUUCGCUCACUACGUAAAAAUUUAUUGUGUGUUUAUUAUGGGAAAUAACAAAAGAAAAUCAGUGGAAAACGAAUCAUCUUUUUCUUCGUCGUCUUCUGAGGACGAGGAAGUUUUAAGAUUGCGUCGAAAACUUAAGAAAUUAAAGAAGAAAAUUAAAAAGAGGAAGACGUACAACUCGGAUUUGGAUGAAUCACCUGUUGACAAAGAAAAUGGCGACUCCGAUGUUAGAGUCGAAACUAAUUUUCCUAAUGACGAAAAUUUUCUUUUAGAAGAUAAUACAGAAGGUGCAGAGGAAGAUCCUCUUCUCGCUGAGAUUCCAGAUGAGGGUACCUCACUAAAAAAACACGUUUUAUACAUCCUAGGACAGGAUGAGACCGGUGAACGGAUUAUGGGUUCAAAAAUUCACAAAGAUGUAUCCUCCCAAUGGGAAAAGACGUUGUUGACAGGCCUCUCUGAGGAAAUACGACAGAAAUUAAUAUCUAAAUACCCAACCCCAGAGAAUUGUAUUCUACUUGCUCCGCCAAAAUUAAAUCCCGAAGCCAAAUUAGCAUCCAUGGAAUCUGCUAUUAAGCGGGAUGAACGGUUACAAGCCGUUCAAAGGCAGAUCGGAGCUAGCGUGGCAGCGUUAGGAAAGCUCCUGACUGCCCUAUUGUCAGCAGAGGAAAAAGAGGAGGGAGCGUAUCUAGAAUGGAUAGGUUUAACGGGAGAUGCAUGUAGACUGCUAACAGAUCUCCAUUGCCAACAGUCAGAAGCGAGGAAGAGUUUGCUUAACCUGAAUUUUCGGAAAGAGCUGAAGGAUGUUAUUCUGGAAGCCCGCAGCGAUGAGUUUUUAUUUGGUAAAAAUUUAUCUGAUAGGAUAAAGGAGGCCAAGGCUAUGGAGCGCUCGGGUUUGGAUUUAAAACAGAAGAAGACUCCAACCUUACAAAGGAAACCCUUUUCACAGAACCAGGGAAACUACAAGAGUCCGCCCAAGCGACGGCCACCUCCUCGACUGGGCGGACAGACGAGCUUUUAUCAACAACAGUACCGAAAAGGAUCAACACAAUACAGGCAUUCGACGACUCAAAACAAGGGUCUCUACAGAUCAACACGACAGAAAUAA